AUGACGGAGAUCUAUCCCGUAUUCCCGUUGCCGUUCGUCCUGCCACCGGGUUCACCCCCGCUCUACAAAGAUGGCAAUGGCAUAUUGAGCUCGCAUCGGUUCAUCACCUUGCGCGCGGAAUACCUGGCUGAGGGUAUCUCUAAGAGUCCCAGUGGCCAGUUCAGCUCUUGGUAUGGUUCAAACCAUCUUGUCGUCCUGUCGGGCGAAGUAGCGCGCACGAGCUUUCUUACUGCACGAGGGCUGGACCCGACGGCCGGAUUCGUCGCUCUACUCGGUGGUUUUCUCGACAUCAGCGAAGUUGACAAGGAUAACACUCGCCGCGCAUUUCAGAUAUACAAGCGAUGUGCACAAAUUGACCACAUGACCAGCAUCCUCCCGCGCCUCGUCUCCGACAGCGACUCUCACAUGCGCGCUCUGGGCCUCACAGCCAACGAGAAGGGCAGGGCGGCCAUCAUUAGCCCCCAGAAGUUCCUCGGCCUCUUGAGCUACCAGCUCACGCACCGGGCUUCGGGCGUCCAUGACAUCGUAAACGACCCGGUCUUGCUGCGCGAGACCUGGAACGUCUACACGCCCCUCGAAGACUCGCCCUACAUUGACAUCAUGCUGCCUUGGCUGCCCACGCCAUCCAAGCUGCGCAAGGUCUGGGGCUACGCGAAGCUGCACUUGACGGUGACCAAGAUUGCGCGGGAGCGCAAAGCAGAGGGACGUACGGAGGAGGACAUGCUGCAGAUGAUGAUCGAAGCAGAUUUAGGGUCCAAGAUGCAGUCGGUUGCGGUCAUCGGCGCUGUGCUCGCUGGGGUGUUCAACACCACUUUCUCAACCGUGUACAAUAUAUGCUGCCUAGCAAACGAGCCGGAGUGGCUCGCCAAGGUCCGCACCGAGAUCGAAAAUGUCCUCGAGAGACGGCGCAAGGUGGCAGAGAAUGCGUCCGAGCCACUGGUUGAUACCUUGCAGAGACUUUCGGUCCGAGACUGGGAGACUUGCUUUCCCAUCCUGAGGGCAGCCAUCACCGAGAGCAUCAGAUUCACCAUGGCUGGGUCAGUGGUGAGGAAGAACAUCGGCGCAAAGGACCUCGAGAUAGGUGUCGGAGGCCUCGUUGUACCAGCGGGCAGCCUCGCAAUCCACGCCACGGCCGACACGCACAUGAACCAGGCAAUCUAUCCGGAGCCCCUGAAGUGGGACUCCAGUCGGUUUCUCGGGGACAAGCACCAAGGCGAUGACGUGCCUCACGGUUAUCUAGGCUGGGAAUCAGGAAAUCAUCCUUGUCCUGCCAGGAGGCUGAAUGUGAUUGUGGCGAGUGUGCUGUUCGUCGCCCACUACGAUUUCCAUGUUUGCGACCGGGUUGGCAAUCGCAAGGCUGGCCCACUGCCUCCUAUCAUAUACAAUCGACAGGGGGCCGGACAGCUGAAGACGAACGUAUACCUCAAGUGCCAGAGCAGAAUUUAG